AACCUGACCAUAUUCUGGGGAGGACUGUGGAAGGAUUUUGGAACUUUGGCCUAGAAGAGCCAUUGGGUGUUAAGAGAUCUGUGGGAUAUUCUAUAGGCACUUGUAAUAUAAUUUUUAGAACACUGUAAAGAAUGGAGGCCUGGCUUGUAAAAUUUCAGAAGGAAGAUUAAGGACUUAUAAGAGCUGUUGCUAUUUUGAUUCUGAAGAAUCUGUGGUUUUGGUUAGCUGGGACUGAAGAAGCAGCUGUGAUUAACAAGAUACCAGGACUACUAAAGUGAAAACUUUGCAUUACUGGGAUGAAUGAUGCUGGUUAGCUGGAAUUAUGAAAUUAACAGUAAGAAGAGAGCAGCAUCACUAAGGUAAAAUAUUCUGGGAAGUGUUUCCUGAAAGUACAAAGAGGCCAUGUUCUGGAGAUAGCCAAAGUUGUACCUUGUGCUGUUGCUGGAUUUUUUAAUGUGUAAGUCACCAGGUGGUACAGGUUUUAAAGUCAUGAAGGGGUCGUGAGGAGCAGCUGAGUCUCAACACUGUGAGAGGCCAUGGAAGGACAUUUGUAAAAGUACAGCCUCAGUUGCAAUUGAUGGCCCAGGACUGAAGAGAUCAUUAAAAGGAGUUGAGAUUUGGUACCAUGAAGAGAGUCUUUGAGAGACUACUGGUGAAGCCCAGUUGCAGCUGAAGACAGUAGUGGUUUGGAGAUGCCAGUACCAUGAGGUGACUACUAAGAAUAGCAGCAGCAGUGGAGUACAGCUAGCUGGAACCUAGAAGAUUAGGUGUUUGCUACAAGGGCCAGAGCUGGAGAAGCGACCCAAGCCUUUGGAGGAUCCCAGAUGAUGACAGCGUGGAAGAUGAGCUGGAGAUGGCCACUGUCAGGCAUCGGCCUGAAGCCCUGGAGCUGCUGGAGGCCCAGAGCAAAUUCACCAAGAAAGAGCUUCAGAUUCUUUACAGAGGAUUUAAGAAUGAAUGCCCCAGUGGUGUUGUUAAUGAAGAAACUUUCAAGGAGAUUUACUCACAGUUCUUUCCACAGGGAGACUCCACAACAUAUGCACAUUUUCUCUUCAAUGCAUUCGACACGGACCACAAUGGAGCUGUGAGCUUUGAGGAUUUCAUCAAAGGUCUUUCCAUUUUGCUUCGAGGGACAGUACAAGAAAAACUCAACUGGGCAUUUAAUUUGUAUGACAUAAACAAAGAUGGCUACAUCACUAAAGAAGAAAUGCUGGACAUAAUGAAAGCAAUCUACGACAUGAUGGGGAAAUGCACAUACCCGGUCCUCAAGGAAGAUGCUCCCCGGCAGCAUGUGGAAACGUUCUUCCAGAAGAUGGACAAAAAUAAAGAUGGUGUCGUUACCAUAGAUGAGUUCAUUGAAAGUUGCCAAAAAGAUGAAAACAUCAUGCGCUCCAUGCAGCUCUUUGAAAAUGUGAUCUAGAAUGUCAGCACCUCCUCGACCGACCGAAGAGGCAAAUGUGAACGACUACACACAAGUUGAAGCCCCCACUUGUAGCAUAGAUAGCUCAGCUUUACACUGAGGCAGAUUAUGCAAACAGCUUUGUUUUAAUAUAAAGCAACCCCACCACCACCACCAAAUUUACAUUUUCCAGUUACAAAUCUGCAUCCACGUCACCGGGGCCAUGAAAUGUGCUAACUUAUUUCAUACUCAAACGGCACAGAAUCUGGAAUAGCUUUGAUCCUCAGCCACGUAUUGUUGAGGUUUUUACAGUUAAGUGAUUUUAAAACAUCAGUGGGUUUUCCUACUUGUUUGUAUGUAUUCAGCCCUGGGUUUUAAAUGGUUUUCUAAAAUAGUUACAUCUGCAUUUAACUUCCAGAAAGUCAAUGAACUUUCAUUAAAUUCGACUCAUGUAAUACUGAAAAAUGAAACAAAGAUUACAAUUUAAAUAGACCAAAAACACAGUCCCAAUUUCUAUGGCUUCUCCCCCUGCUGUUAAAGAUAUUAAUGUAUUUGGCAUUUUUUUAAAAGGACACUUAAAAAAUUAGUUUAUUAUCAGAUGUUAGCAUAUACCUAAUAAAAUUAUUUUAGUAUUUGUUAAUUUUUCCAUACUCAAGCCAAGGCUCUAUAUAAUCCAUGAAACUUUGGACCUGUUCAAUCUUACCUGUAGACUGUUUUGUAUUGUGUUAUGAAGUAGAAAUUCAAAGUGUCAAACAAACCAAGGAUGUUUACAGACUUGCCAAGGGUCCGGAUGUCUGUCCUGCAAUGCCUAGUGACGCUUAUUAACAAGUAACCCUAACAGCAGUAAAGGGCAGUUCUUGCCACCCUCCAAGCCCCUUAAUGUUCUCACAGCAUGUUUAUCAUACAUAAGCCAUUCAGGGACAGAGAAUCCUUGACGCCCCAAAGCCUACUAGGAAUAAUGAUCAAGUAAAAUAUUCUUUGAAAACACCCGUGAUUCUAUAGUAUUGGAAGUUAUACAUAAGAUUGUAUAAAAAAUGAAUGCAAACACUGACGGUUCAUCUGAAUUGCAUUAUGAUUUAGCACAUCAUAUAGCUCAAAGGAUUCAUAGUCCUUUCAAUGAUCUUAAGCCAAAACUGUAGAGUUGCCACAACAGUACUAUAGAUAUACACAUCUUCCCUGUUUCGUAGAAAUACAAGAACCAAGAGGAUACAGGAGGAGAAAAUUUACGACUGUCUGCAACAGUAAAUCAGGUAUCUAUUCUGGUGUAGAGAUAGGAUGUUGAAAGCUGCCCUGCUAUCACCAGUGUAGGAAUUAAGAGUAGUACAGUACAUGUACAGAAAUCUGCCAUCGCGUGUUUGUGUAAACUCAAUGUGCACAUUUUGUAUCUCAAAAUGGAAAAAUAAAAGCAAAAUAAAGUGUUUAUUACUCUA